UAACCAGCUACAGUUGUACGAUACCAUCUGUCAUCUGUAGUGAGGUAGGAAUAGUCUACUCUCUGAGGAAAACUUGUUUUCUAAUUUAUGACUUUAGGGUAGAGAUUACACUCAUAGAACAUAUAAGAAACAGAUCCAGUGGUUAUUAUCUAUUGUUAGUUUGAGUUCUGCAGUUACUUGUAGGCUACGUAUUUUGAAACUAGCUGCGUAACAAAAAUGAAAGGACACAGGCAGUUAACCAUUAACGGUAGUUUCUCACGGGUUACACUGUAAUACUCACGAGAAAAGCUGUUACAGAUACACAGUUAUGUCAGCGGCAUCGGAUACAAGCUGUCACUUUCAACAACAAAGACUAAGGCUUGGGAGCGCUGGGUCCCCUGGUUUAUCCAACAAUAGCAGCAGGCUCCAACCCAUUCGUGCCAUCGUUCCCUAUCAGCUUUUGCGCGGUGGUCAGCAAAGUCCACCGCGGUCUUCCUCUGUCUGCGCCGGGAGCAACGUCGGGCCAGCACUGUGCCUCAGCUCGAGCCCACCAUGCCAGUUACAGCUGCCUUCAAGUCACGGAGGAAACAACGGCACGGUGGACCAGAGGUUGCCUGGGAUGCAAAGACUCUCCCCUGAAAGUAGGAGCUCACCUGAAAGAUCUUUAAACUCAACGCACAGAGCAGAAAAGUCCACGCAGCAGCCUACCCGUGGGUCUGCUGCCAUCCGCCGCACGUCCUCCCUGGACACAGUCACCGUCGCCGGGCCGUACCUCACGGGUCAGUGGCCGCGGGACCAGCACACCCCAGACCCGUCCUGGACCACGGACAAAGCCACACAGACAUCCGGCUUGUGGGGUGAGGACAAAGGAGAUCUGGGAUGUGUACAUCAACGCUCAGCGUCUUGGGGUAAUGCUGAUCAUCUCAGAGAGCAGAUCGCUAAGCUAAGGCAACAGCUGAAGAAGCAGGGGAUCAGGCCCUGUCGAGAGAAGGAGAGAGAGAAGGAGAAGGAUCAGGGACCAUCUAUAAGAGGCACCCUGGCGCAGACAAAGGCACCAGCUCCUUCUACUGCCUCAAAGCCCCUGGCGUGCAGGGCCCCUAGUUACACGGAGGGCAUCAACCAUGAGCUGGAGAAUGUCUUCAUCAACGACCAGUGGGAAAGGGAGGACCUGACGCUGUUGGAGGUUCAGGAUGGACGACGGGCCCCUUUCCCCCCGCAUCUCCACGGCAGCAGCAGCAGCAGCAGCCACGGUGGCGGUGGGAGCAGACGGAGUGCGGACGCCCUGGCCGUGUCCAGCUGCUGUUCCAGCCCGUGGUGCUGCCACUCCCCCUCCGCCUCCCCCACGGGGCCCCCCGACUCCCAGGCCAGCAGCCCGUGGCUCCUGGAGGACCAGGACAAAGAUAGUGGGAGUGGCUCACCUUUGCCCAAGUAUGCGACCUCUCCCAAGCCCAACAACAGCUUCAUGUUCAAACGCGAGCCUCCCGAGGGUUGUGAGAAGGUCAAGGUCUUCGAGGAGACGGUGUCCAGUGGCUUUCCUCUGUUCUCCUGCCCCGAUAAAAACAAGGUGAACUUCAUCCCCACUGGCUCGGCUUUCUGCCCCGUCAAGAUGCCCUGCCCGGUCCUCUUGCCCCCCAGGUCGGCUGCCGUAGCCGUGGGCUUCCACAUGGCCAACCGCGUCCCAGGUGCCACCCCUUCUUCUGGAGACCGGGCACUGCCGUCGGGCCCUGGGACCCGCUGAGGCGCUCUGCCGCCGGGCGACUGUUCGUCUCGCUUUGUCUUCUGCCAGAACGCACCAGACCCAGGGGCCAGACCCUUGUCCGAGGCCUUGUUUUACAGACCAUGCAACGGAUGGGGGCACAUGGAUGAGAUUUUAAAAUGGAAAAGAUCACUGACUGGAAUCACUGUCAUCACUGUGGAUGAUACUGGUCUCUCUCUCUCUCUCUCUCUCUCUCUCUCUCUUUCUCUCUUUCUCUCUCUCUUUCUCUCUCUCUCUCUAGCCCUAACCAGGGUUUUCUUAAGAACUCUAGAUACUAUUACCACUGCAGUGGCCCCUUUUAAAAACCCUGCAGUUUAAACAUUGUAGAACCUCCAAGAGGAAUGGGGAUGAGGCACAUGGGUGAGCAAGUCAGUUUUCUCCAAUUCAGAUUUAUGGUGUUAAAACUCAAAUAUUUGUAUAAGCUUUUUUGUAUGGCAAUGCCAUUUGGUGAUUUUUUUUUUUUUUUUUUAAUUUAGAACUCAAUGGCUCCUCAGGAACCAUAAUAAAACAUACAGCUCCAGGUAUGUUACUGAAGUUUGGACAGAAUGCUAAAUGGAUGGAGCUGUAGUCAGUUGGUCAGUAGUAAGCUAGCAGUCAGUACAGUCCGUAUCCUCCUCCAGGCGUUGACAUGUGUCCUCAGGUUAACUGGAACGGAAUAUCAGAGUGAGCAGUGUCUGCAAUUACACUGGAAAAUAUUCCACUCAACGCCUUUUCCCUUUGACCUACUAUAUCACAAUGUCUCCAUUAUUGUGCAGUGUUUGUCCCCAUGGAAACAUGACUGAUGCUGACGUCUUAAGAUAAAUACAAUCUCAACCACUGCACUCCAGGGUGCCAACCCCAGAUGUAGCCUAGUCAGUCAUAACAAGUUGUCUACUUUCACCGUGUAAUGGCUUAUAAUCUCAUUUCCAGCUAUUUAUAUAUAGACUUUUGCCAAAUGUUUCGACUAAUCCCAGAUUAUAGGCCAGAGUUUGACUGUCUAGUAGAUUAGUUGUCCAGAAUUAAAUACUACAUGUAAACGUGACUCAAAGGAUGUAUCCUACUGUGCUAAUACAGUGGGGCGACGGAUGGUUGCAUUGUUUUGUUUGGUUUUUUAAAUAUGUGUUUGGUCUUUUUGCCUUCAUUUUAGGUAGGACAGUGAAGAGUGAGUGGGAGAGAGAGAUGGGAUGGGAUGGGGAAAUGGCUGCAGGUUAGAUUCAAACCUGGGUCCCCUUGAACACUUGGAGCCGAAAUAUGCUAUGGGCUUUGUAGCCACUUGCACUGUUGAGUGUGUUUUGAGGCAUAUGUUUCUGUGCACAUAUUAUAACAAGGCACACAUAGAGGGCCAAGUGGACACACUAACAGCCCAAAUGUGCUGAGGGUUUGGUGUAUUUGUCAUUAAGCCUGUUGAUCACAGGAUCCAGCAUGUCUGAAUGCUUGCCAGCUUUUGAGUAUCGGUACACAUAAUAUGCUAUUUUAUAUCUAAUACAUGCCACCAAAAAGACUUAAUGGUAAACUGUGAGUUCUUUAUUGAAACAAGUGACUCCCUUAGUCACAUCAUCACAUAGUUACUCUAAACUAAAUGUAAUCAGAUAAUCAGAGUGAGCACCUUAGCUUGUGAAAUAAUCGUUAAAAUAACAUGAGAAUAAAAGGUUAGAGCAUUCCAAGUAAACCAAAUCUACCUAAUUGGACCAAUGCUAUUACUUAACAUGGGAAGCAUCUUUAUGCAUAGAAGAAAAAUAUUUAUUUUUGACCUUUUGGAAGUUUUCUCAAAUUGGUGUAUGUGUUGAUUGUUUGUUAUGAGAUUGCUGCAAUGUAUUUUUCCACACAAUAGCUGUGGUGUCUUUUUUUUAAUAAAGGUAUGAUCAAAACAG